CCAAAGACCUCGCCAUGCAGGGAAAACGCGCGCCAUUCAGAUCGUUUUCUUUUUGGUAAUGACUUCUCUACGGCCGAUCCGAACGCCCGGCUGUGUUCGUCCAGCAUCCAACAGAGCAUUUAAUUGCCAUCCACCCACGCCUCCUCUGGUCCUCCCUCAUUCCCCUGCCUCCUCAAUGCCCGAGCUGCCGCAAGCCCCCGCUCCAUCCGCUGCCCCCUUCGCCGGCCUUCACAGCGACGACGGCACCGCAGCUCCUCGCCUCCGUCUCCGAGGCCAUCGGCGGAGAGGACCGCACCUCCGACCUCCCCGAGGAGCUCCUCGCCUCGUCUUCGGCGUGCUCGGCUCCAGCGACCUCCCCGAUUUCCGUCAGGAUUUCACAUCUAGAGGCGCAGCGGCUCGGAGACGGGCCAGGCGGAGCGCGCGGGGGGCCAGGCGCUGGCGGGCAGCGUGCGGGCGCACUCAAGAGCGGCGUGGGGUCCAACAACCCCGGAUCGGCGAGGGCGGCACGCAAGGGUGCACAGAUCGGCGAGGGAAGCACUGGGACGCGGUCAGUAGCGGCUCGCGGGCGGGCCAGGGGCUCUCGCGGCGGGUCGUGCGGCGAAAUAGCAUGGCGGCGAGCUAGCAGGCCAGCGGCGACAGCAGCAGCGCCCCAACCCCUUGCUACACGGGGUCCCGCGGCGGGCGCGUGAGGACCAGCGGCGGCGCGCAGGCGGGGGUCCGGCGAUGCGGCAAGCUUGACUGCGAGAUGUGCGUUGAUUCCUCCCCCCUCAGUAAUCUUCUCGAUAUGCAAUUCAAUACAGCAGAAGGAUCCCUACUAGAGGUAAAACGCAUAUGAUAUCCAUGUUCAGGGACAUAAGCGCUCGACGCCAAGAUCAAGAGCGAGGCCAAGAAAAGAAGAGCUUUGCGAUUGUCCUCAAGCCCAAGGACGAAGGCGUGGUUGUGCCAAAGCCAACAAAUGCUCCCCCUCGGUUCAGUUGAAGCCUAAGCAGGAGAAAAAUGAAGCCGGCAACAGCUUUUUACCCAAAAGGGAAAGACGCAGUAUUCCACUUGCUAAAAAAGGAUAGGCCGUACGGCCGGCCUAAUUUACGGCCAGCCGUAAGUUAGCCGAGUCCUUUCUUUUUUCGGGUAGUGGUUUGGCGCCGAGCAAUCGUGUUUCCUGAAAAUAUGCCCGACAUCACAUCACAUCAUAUAUAAAAAUCUAAGAAAUCUUUAUCCAAAAAUAUCGAAAAAAUCUCCUAAAAACAUUGGAUAGAUAUGUGCAGUCACACAGCUAGUAGUAGGCACACCAAUGACUGAAUAAAGUUGUUGCGUCUGCGCUGCGCAUGCAUGCUCUGAGGGUGCGAUACCCGUUCCUAAUUAAUUCUCGCACCUAAAAACCAAUUUAAAGGGUAGGUAACAUGUCCGCUCCUACAAAUCAAUUUUCUAGGGGCAGGUGAGCUCAUGACUCGCUCCUACAAAUUAUUUUUUAGAAAAUAAUUUUUUUAAAAAACUUAAAAAUAAUAAAAGAAAAAAGAAAAAAAUAUCCCAGCUAACCGGCCACCACCACAAGUCUUUCUACUAUCGAAGUACAAAUUUUUUGAUGAAAUAUACACACUUGCGUAAAUUGGCGUAAGAACCGUGUCGGUGUUUAACUGCCAAGCCUACUGAGACAUACUCUCGAGGUGGUAGGUUUUAGGUAGGGGAUCGCUGAGGUCUGAACUCGAGUGUUUUAAAUAGUCUUCUGAGUACUUUCUUGUUUGCAUCGAGGCUAUGAGGUGCUAAAACCCUGAAUCAUAUUUUAUAUAGUGCGCGAUGAACUCACGCUCUAUAUGGAGUAGGCCCUGAGCAUUAUGUUGAAUCAUAGAAUCAGACUGAGGGUCAAAUCAGUUUUCAAUCAUUAUCUUCCAAAUCUUUUUUUUUCCAAAACGAUUUGAAAAAUAAGCCAUUUGUGUCACUUAUCCCGUAACCCCCGAGCCUUAAAUGCAAAUCCUAGAGUUUUGGAAUAAAGGAUCCAUUCUCGUCGCAGUGUAAAAAUAUAUUUUGAUGGUAGAAAUGGGUAAAUUGAUUUUGAAAUCUGAAACCCUCUUUUUCUGGAAUAUAAUCCCAGAAAAAAUGGUUAAACAGAUAACUUUCUAAAAAAAACCAGAAUCACUCCUCAGAAAUAAAUCGUUUGGAAAGUGUCUCUUGGGCUUCCAAAUAUUUAUAGAAUUGCCAUCCGCUUAAUCGUGCGGUAAAAUUAGGGUUGUUACCCUUUCUUCUCCACUCACUUAGUUGCAGUCGCCGCCACCAUUUCCAUAUUUGCUCUUUCAAGCCUCCUUGCGCCCAGAUCCUUUGCCCCUGAGUCCAAAUCUAGCAGCCCCUGAGCGUAUGCGCAUGGAGCGGCUCGUGACAAUCCGGAUGGCGCCCAGGAAGACAGCCAACAAGGGAAAAAGGAGACGGAACCAAUGAUGGGCGACGGGUGGAAGACAAAUGCUCUCUGUUGCUGUGCACAAUCACUACAAGAGGAUAUACAACGAAUCAUCAAAUAAGUGCCAAUUCGGGGACUUAACGCUCAACCUCGCCGCCAUCGGGCUCAUCGACGGGCCCGCACUUGCCGGCUCCCCGUGGUUGCACUAGGUGCUCUUCUACACUCUCGGACCCUCAAUUCGGUUGCUCCAUGGUGGACUGGGUUGAUCAGCUUGGUCUACCUCUGCGGAAACAGGGUUGGUGGGAGAAACUGGAGAUUGAGAGGAUUCAAGCCAUUGAGACAGUUGUGGUGACCGGCUAUGGUGGUGCGUAGAGUAGAAAAUAAUUAGUGCCCUUGAUGCUUUGCUCUGGAAACGCUCAACAUGUUCUUGGGGAUGGGCCCAGUCGGCGUGGAAGGAGGCACGCGCCAUGCUCCAAAAUAUUCUAUUAGUCAGAGCCAGUCUUGCCUGACAACAAGGCCCUCAAGAACAAGUGUCUUGUUCCAAUGGUGACUGAAAUAUAAGUGUAUGACAAUUUCAGAACAAAUGUGCGUGGAAGGCGUGCAUGGUGCGUAUUUCGUCAAUCAAGAUGAUGCACAGCAUCAAGCCAUGCACGACGACGCACAAAUGUUGAUCCAUCCCCUGGUGAUGAGAGCUAACCAAACCGACACGCGCAAUCACCGUACCUGCCGGAGCAAAGGAAACCCUCGCGGCUCGCGAUCUGAUGGAUUGUGGAUUGCUUCCAUAUUUUUUCCUGGGGAAAAACGGAUCGGAUCAUGCAUAUGGUGGAGCGGGAAAAACUACCGGCCGGAUCGGAUGAACAGAAAAUCUUCUGUUUUUUUCAGGGAAAAAAGGAAAUCUUUGGAGGUGAAUGGAAUCGCAUCGCACAGGGGAAACGAUAUCCAUAUCGAUAUGGCGAGUUUUGGGAAGGGAAAGAAACCGUGAUCACGAGAUUUGGGGGCAGCGAGGGAUCCCGAGAAACAUGUACUGCUCCAUAUAAGCAACAAGUCACCACACCACACGGCAGCAAACGCGCCGCCGGCACCAUGUCGUCCUCCUCCUCCUCCGAGGACGCCUCCGGCGACGAACGAGAGGACAAGUCCGUGCAGCUCCCGGCGGCCAAGAACCCUCCUGUCCCGGCGCCGGCGCACCAAGAAAGCGACGGCGAUGAGGGUGACGAGGAGGAUGCUGAAGCAGACAGCGGCAGUGAGGAGGGAGAGGAAGACGGCGACACUGAUGAGGCAACCGAGGAGGAGGAUGAAGAGGAGGAAGAUGGCCAUAGCUCCGACGAAGACUACGAGAAUGAGGUGGUGGAAGACUCCGAAACCGACGAGCCACGGACAAAGUCCAAGGGGAAGCUGCCGCCGCCGCCUUCUUCUCCUGACCUCAGCAAGCAGCCCGCUGCGAAGCGGACAGCGGCGGCGGCCGGUCUCGCAGAACCGUCCCCGUCCAAGAAGAGGGCUCCGCCGGCUGCCCGCACCAAGUCGCUGCCGCCCAAGUCGGCGGCGAAUAAGCUGCCCCUGCCGGAGGAGGCAGCGGCGGCAAACAAAGAGGUCGAGGUAGCCAAGUCGACCGCGCCGAAAGCUGCGGAGAGGAGGAAGGCGGCGGCCAAGGAUGGCACCAGGUCGUCCCCGUCCAAGAAGAACAAUGCUGCUACACCUGCUUCGGUGGAGCGCGGCAAUUCGGCAGCUGCAAUACCCAUGGAGGUUGCCAAGUCGCCCAAGCCCAAGAACAAGUCGCGUAAGAAGGCGGAGGAGGUCGCCGCGCCGCCCAAAUCUGCUGCUGCUGCUGCUGGCGAGUGCCCUUCCGCAGCAGAGGGUGACCAGAUGGAGAAGAGCGCGAGGUACAGGCACCUCUGGAAGGAGGUGGGGCUCCUGGAUGAUGCCUACCAAAACCCAGGCUUUCUCGAGGCCGCCUUCCUCGAGAUGGACGACGACGAGGCUGCCAGGCUGAAUAACAAGAUCACUAAACAGAAGAUGGCCGAGUGCAAGGUGUUCAGCGAGCGGUGGGUCAUCAGGACUGAGGUCUCCAAGGCGUUGUUCGACACCAUGAAAAAGUGAUGUUGCAGCACCCAGGAAUGGAGCAGGCUGAAAAGGUUGGGCCGUUUUUUUUUUGUCAGAAAGACUGUUGCAUGCAUUUUGGUGUUUUGGUUCGUGUUGCUGAUUCUGCUGAGAAUUAGGAACCGAGUGUUGUUUAAGGGUCGUCGUCAUAAACAAUGAAUAAUGAAUAAAAGCAGUCAAAGUGGAGACGUGCAUGGCUGCUGUUUUGUUA